GUCGGUUGAGCAUCGCGAGUUCUUUUUUCGUGUUGAUCUUCAACCUUUCUCCCCCACAGGUUCUCCGGCUUUUCUUCCGUCCGGCUCACAUUCGACGUUCAAUGGCGUCUCUCCGACAGUCGGCCUCGGUCGCUUCCUCCGUGUGCAAGCAGACUGCUUCUCCCCGCCUGGCUCAGUCCGUGCAGACAUGUAGUCGAUUCUCUUCAUUAUCUUCUUCCCCUCUCCUUCGAUCCUCAUACCGUUCGACCUCCUCUCAAAUCACUCUUUCCGCCCACCAGACUCGCACAUUUUUGACGCAACUUCGCCGCGAAGCUCAAGCUCUCAAGGAACAGCCCAUCUCACCAUCCGCACCCUUGCCUAAGCAUGGCAAGCAACCGAAGCCAACUCUGUCCCUAACCAACCUUCCUUACUUCGUUCGCCGGACUGGAUCCAACCAGCUGCCCGUCUACCUUGUCACAAAAGCUGGUGGCACCAAGCAGCUCACCAAGAUCCAGAAGACCGAGGGUGAUUUGGAUGCGUUGCGCAGUGAUUUGGCUCAGACCCUGGGUGUUGAUACCCGAAGCCCCGAUGUUUCGAUCAACCGUCUCACUGGUCACGUUAUCGUCAAGGGCUGGCGGAAACCCGAGAUCGUGAAGUUCCUGCAGGAGCGCAACUUCUAAAUUCUCCUCUCUAUUUUGCAUCCUUUCGCGGCGGACAGUCGCAUGAUGUCUACACAAAAGCAUUCACCGGGUUUCCAUUGAGCGAGGGUUCCCGACGAGCGUGGAAGCGGGAGAAGCAAAAAGCGAGAACAAAAGCAUAUGGAGAACCAGUAAGAGGAGGAAUUCGGAGUUGGGCACAGGGGCAUGUGAUGUCCCGUGGGUGAUUUUUUUUCCCUUUUCCCUUUUUCCUCGUUGGUGUGUAUUUCUUAAGCUCAGUCUAUGGGGUCAUUCUGUUUCUUUUUCUUUUAUUGCGGGUGUUUUUCAUUUUUCUUCUGGUAUCUUCUUUCUGUGGCCCUGUUUUCCGGCGCUUGUGUUUCUUUUCAUCACUCCCUGUAUCACUCCUACUCUGUACAUGCGCAAUGACUCGAUGGGUGUUGGCCCUGGUCCUUCUAAUCGAAUGAAUCUAUGCAUCGUCAUAACUAUCGAAAGUGAACGUAGUCGGGUCGGCCUACAAUGUCAAGAAUAUAGG